AGCCAAAAAUGGCCCGCCUGCGGCGAGAGCAUCCGCCGCCUCGCCAUGAAGCUGGAGGUGAUGCUGAUGAGCGGCCAAAGCAUGGCCCUUGACGUGAAGGAGGAUGCAUUGGUGCGAGACCUGAAGCACCAAGCGCAGCAGGAACUCCGACAAGGCAUUUCUCACUUGGUGCGCGCGGACGGUGAACUCUUGUGCUCCACGUCCACUCUGGCAGAGGCAGGGCUCGAGGAGCACGCGCCCGUCAUGGCCACCCUGAGCCGCGCGAAGCUGGUCUCGAGCCGACGCUCCGUGGCGUUUGCACAGGGCGAUGGCCGUGUGGUCACCUGGGGUGCUUUCCACUCCGGAGGCGACAGCGAGUACGUUCAGGAGGAGCUGCAGAACGUUCGUGAGAUCGUGGCUUCGGGCGACGCCUUCGCAGCCAUCCUCGACGACGGCCGCGUCACGACCUGGGGCAAACCAGAGGCCGGCGGUGAUUGUUCGGCGGUGCAGUCAGAGCUUUUUGAGGUCGAGUCGAUUGCGGCCACGUCCACGGCUUUCGCGGCCCGCCGUGCUGAUGGGCAUGUAGUGUGCUGGGGUGACGCUGAGGAAGGCGGCGACAGCCAGCGGGUGCAGGCACAGCUCUAUGACAUCCAGCUGCUCAGUGCCUCGGCCAAGGCCUUUGCCGCAGUGCGCGGGGACGGGCAGCUGAUCACCUGGGGCCAUCCAAGUUCCGGUGGAUGGGCCCCACCUACCGUGGUGAAGACGCUGCAUGGCCAGGUCAAGGAGAUUGCCGCCUCGGAGAAUGCCUUCGUGGCGAUUUGCCCCAGCGGCCGCGUCGUAGCCUGGGGCGACCCCGAUUCCGGCGGCGACCUGGGUGGUGCUGCUACCCAGCUGGCAGCAGCACGGGUGCGGGCGAUCACCGCGACAGACCAUGCAUUUGCUGCAUUGCUGAUGGAUGGCGGAGUCGUGGCCUGGGGGCAUAGCUAUUCUGGGGGAGAUUGCAAGUCGGUACAGAAGAAGCUGUACAACAUCUCCCAAAUUUCGGCGUCGAUGAACAGUUUCGUGGCGUUGAGAAAGGAUGGAGUCGUUGUGGCAUGGGGGAACACAGAAGUCUCCGAUCUGAGGGAUGUCGUUGAGGUCAGUGCCUCUUCAGGAGCUCCGUGUCUUGCUUUGUUUUGAUUGGACAGUUCUGAGCAGAACUCUCGAGUAUCCAAAGCCGAGGAUGCUCUCGCUUGGCGACUAGGUGAACAGGGGGGUGAUCUUUGCAAUUUCUGCAGCAUUCUGCAGCAAGUUGCGACAGCAACCACCUCCAGACGGAAGCUUAACUUGGAAUGCAUGAACUGGUUGUUGAUUCAUGGGCUUGGAUUGCCAUGUUUGUCCCCGCUGCUAGCAGACAGGAACAGUAUGGUGAUCACGGACUGGUGAAACAUGUUAAUUGAUUGAUUUGUUUGAUAUGUUUAGUCGUUGAGUCGUUGUAUGUGUUGCCGCCCCAUCCGCCGUGCAGGAGCCUUCGCUGCGUUGAAGUCACUCAGUGAUCAGCAAGUCUUGAGCCAUUGUGGAUCACCACCGUCCACUUUUGAAUAUUCUGUUAUGUUUAUUUGUGGGUUGUGGUGUUUCAUUUAGAUACUGUAUCCGAAAUGGUCCUGAAUGUUCAUCCAACCGUUAGCUCGCAAACGCGGCAAGACACCCUGAACACCUCUCAUGGGAGUCUGACCUCGCGCGGAGUCUGCGGGACCUCGGGUGUUCACCCAUGUUCACACCGAAGUGUCCGGGCCGCUGGGGGCCGCCCCGUGGUGUUUCUCGAGACCGCGGUGGUUUUCGUUCGAACGAAACCGACACACCGGACUGCUCGUUGGCCGAUAGGGUUUGUCCUGUUCUGACCUGUAGGACCUGUACACAAGGAUCAUUUUGGAACAAGGCCUGCAACCUAACCAUCAUCAUCCACGGGGCCCAGGUAAUAGGAUAGAUAGACCCAAUUCAUUGAUAUAGAUCCACUUCUUGAUAGCUCUCCUCAGGGAGCUUCCCACAGCAUGAAUGCACAGGAUGAAUUUGUUCACAAAGUUUUGUGCGGGGACUUUGGACCUAUUGCUCCCACCUCCACCGCAACGAGGUCUGAUGGAAGUGUGGUGACCUGGGGUACUGAGCUCUAUGGGGGCAACAGCUGUCCAGCCGAUCUGCAGCAGGUCUUGCAGGUCUGCGGUUCAGCGAGCGCCUUUGCAGCACUGACACUGAAUGGAUCCCUCAUCGCUUGGGGCCAUCCCUUUGGGGGUGGCCUGGCACCGUCGCUGCACGAUGUCUUCGCGACGUGUCCGAGAAGUGGGCCACCCUGGGCGGCGUUGAAGGAAGGACCAAUCAUCCAACGGGGGUGAUGAUGCUGAACAAUUCUUCUAUUCUGCGUGAUGGCCAGGAAGGGCCUUACUUCUUGGGUGCCUUGCCAUUUUGGCCUUGGCCAUGGCCGUGUGACGAAGCAUGGUUGCGCAGGUGCCAGGUGCCAGCGAAUCCAUGCGAAUCCGCCAGCGAAUCCGAUCAAGCUAGGCUACAGUGUGCACAGUGUACAGAUGCCAGCAGCAAUGAAGCAAAAGACCUUCAUGGGAUGAGAUGUUUUUUGGGAGAAGUGCCACCCAAAAACCAUCCAGCACCCGAAGCGUGGGUGGUAGUUUAGGCCCUUGUUAAGGGUGCACUCCACAGGUGGUGGGCG